GAAACUCAACUUGAUUCUAUUUCCCCACCACAAACCAACAACAACAUCUCAAAAUGAGUUCCGGUGUCAUGGUCGACCCAGAUGUGCAGACAUCUUUCCAAAAGCUCUCCGAGGGACGCAAGGAGUACCGCUACAUCAUUUUCAAGAUCGACGAGAACAAGGUGAUCGUGGAAGCCGCGGUGACUCAGGAUCAGCUCGGCAUCACUGGAGACGACUAUGAUGACUCUUCCAAGGCCGCUUUCGACAAAUUCGUCGAGGACGUGAAGUCUCGAACCGAUAAUCUGACCGAUUGCCGCUACGCCGUUUUCGACUUCAAGUUCACGUGCAGUCGUGUUGGAGCCGGCACGAGCAAGAUGGACAAGAUCAUCUUCCUCCAGAUCUGCCCAGAUGGUGCUUCUAUCAAGAAAAAGAUGGUGUACGCUUCGUCCGCCGCCGCCAUCAAGACUUCUCUCGGAACCGGCAAAAUCCUUCAGUUCCAGGUGUCUGACGAGAGCGAGAUGAGCCACAAGGAACUCCUCAACAAGUUGGGCGAGAAAUACGGAGAUCACUAGAUACACGGGUCUCUUCCGAAGUCGUCGUCGCCGUCACAUCCUCGAUUAUUCUCGUCUCUGUCUGUCGCAUUUUCUCCAUUGCUUGAUGAUUUCUGAUCGUUUUCACGUGUGCUCUUUGAAUGUGCUAGUGCGUUGUUGUGGUGCUUUUUUCUUACCAACCUCACUACUUGUUCAUUUUUUUUGGUGUCCUCAAAGAAUCAUCCGUUGAAAACAUGACUGCGGCGAUGUGUUUCGAUGAUGUUUCUUAAGCGUCUUCUUCACAUUUUCACCUCUUAACAUUGCUAAUUUAUCCUCUAUUUUUAUCUGUUUUUUUCCUGAUUGACGAUUGUUUUUUUCCUGGGGGCAAGUGAUUGUGUGUGCCCACUAAUUUAAUACAAUGUGCCGGGUAACCUUCCGUACUAUGAAGAAGUUGAGACAUCCCCUCAGAUUCUCAGUAUCUUUAUUGUUUAGUGAAAUGCGUGGUAAAUCCCUUCUCAUUUACGAUUAUAUUCUCUCUCUCUUGUAAAGCUUUCUAUAUUUAUAUAGUGUACUUUCCCCCACUGGAACUCUCAAUCUCCAUCUCCUCACCAUUCUUUUUUUUUCAAAUCUUCUAUUGCGUAUUCAUUUCCCUUCUUACUUUUUUCCCACCCUGCCCGAUCCCCUUGAAGAAUCACCCACCAAACCGUUCAUGUGCUGUGCUUUUUAAGAUUAUCACAAUGAAAUCAAGUUUGGA